CUCAGCGCCUUUAUCCGGGGUUGUAUCGAGUAUGGCGCAGGACGAGCACCAGUGUGGCAUUGCAGCUUACAAAGCUUGAGCUGAUGCAGCGCCUACGAUCAGAGGCGCGACGACUCUGUGCAUACAAUUGAAUUACCGUGCCUUGAAUUGCCUCAUGCCGGUCGUCAACGAGACCUCGUACUGAACGGCAGGCGCCUGGACGCUCUCUGAUAAUAGCAGACGCUCAAUGGUGGCCGAUUCACUCUGUUGGUACCCUCCAACUUUGUCCUGAAUCUGGCGGCCGGCAAGACCUUCCGCUCAACGAUGGCAGCCCAACACUUCGACACAUCAGCGGCCAUUUUGUAUGCCUUGGGCUCUAAUGGUUCAGGACAACUCGGCAUAGGGCGCACAGAUGAUGUGGCACGUCCGCAGAGAUGCUUGUUUCGAUGUCUCAAGCCAGGCAACCAGCACGAAAACAUUGAGGGGGAGGGGAUCCCUUUCAAAGUCAAGGAGAUCGUUGCGGGAGGCAAUCACACGCUUUUGUUGACUUUUGAUGGUCGGAUUUUCACUGCUGGAAAGAUCAGUCCUGGUGAGGAUGGUGUGAGCGCCGAGUUCCAGGAGCGACAAAUCUAUAUUGAUGCAACAUCCGGCCCCGGCAUAGUGUCACAUAUCGCAGCAACGUGGGAGGCUUCAUUCUUCGUGGUCGAUGGGAAUAGCGUCUACGUGUGUGGAUCCGGAGCAAAGGGUGAGCUAGGUCUGGGCAAGGAUGUUGUGGAGGCGAAGCGGUUGACCAAGGUCUUGGACGUGGCUGACAAAGUGGGAGAUACUGCUCUUGGUCGAGACCAGAACAAUGAGAUCGUCGCUAUAUCGGCGUGCAUGUCGCAUGCGGUGGUCUUUACAUCAGAUGGGCGUGUCUUCGGCUGGGGAAGCUGUCGGAAAGGACAGCUAGGAGAUGAAGCCAAACCCGACAAAGCCUUGUGGCGGCCCAGGAGGAUUGAUGUGGGAUUGCCUUUCAGGCCGGAGAAAGUCGUCGUUGGAAGAGAUUACACUGUCUUCCUGAGGACUGGGAAGACGCCGCUAAUCUGGGGUAGCAUGAAGGACUUUGACGAACGAGUGCUGCAGUAUUCAUUACAAGCUGGAGAUAUUGUGGUCUCAGGCUGGAGCUCGAUCCACAUUUUGUCGUCUGCACAUGUAAUCAGUACUGGCAAAAACCAUCGUGGCCAACUUCCGCCAGCCGAUUUACCUCCUUUGAGAGCCCUGGCCGCAGGGAGCGAGCAUUGCAUAGGUCUCGCGCACGAUGGUCAAAUCGUUGCCUGGGGAUGGGGUGAACAUGGGAACUGUGGCGAAAAAUUGGACCUUACAGGGUACGUCGCCGAUCAAUGGAAUGCGAUCCCUUUGCCCUGGAUUGACGGUGGCAUCCAUGUGAGGACUGUCGCAGCAGGUUGCGCGACCAGCUUUGUGGUUUGCGAGAGAGAUACUUGACUAGCGCUGAAUGUAUUUCAGUCGAAAAUGCCGCGAACCUGAGAAAGUCGCUGAGUGGGCGCAAUUUCUUGCGGAAAUCUUGACCUUGUCAUGGUCGACCGACGAUCUUGGUCUUGCAUCGAUGCAAAAGAGUGUAGUUCGGAAUCGCGGAUGUGACGAGAGCUCGAUGCGGAUACUUCGUCGGCCGUGUUGUCCCAGGUCACUAUAUCGGGCUCCUCUUCGAAAUUGGGUUCCCCCCAUUGGUGAUCGUCAUCAUCAGCAGGGAUGAACAUACUCUCGGUGUUGAGACUGCCAGCCGGAAGGGGUGCAGAAUCUCCUGAUGCGGUCUUUGAAAGAGUCGGUGGUGCGGCGUCACGAUCUCGAAAGGAGGUCCGCGCCGGAGGCGGCAUGGAUGCAGCAUCGGGAGGACGAGAACUUGCAGGAAGAGUAGAAGCUGAUUCUGUGGCUGGACUGUCUGGAGGACGAGAGAGAGGCCGUAACGAAAGAUCUCGAGCUGGCGUGCUUGUGCUCGUGGCAUGGGGGACAUUCGUCGUGCCCCGAGUCAUCAGGGUGAAUUCGGCAAGAACCCCGUUGUCUUCAUAGCUGAUCUGCAUCGGGCGAUUGCCCCUGGAAUAUCUUGCGGUGACCUGCGCUCUCAUCGAUUCUGCGUGUGCCACGAUGGCUCGGAAGUCUUUGACCAUGGUGCCGAUAUGCAGACCUUCUUGAACAUUGAAGCUGGCAAAAUCUUUUCGUUCGAGGGCAACGGAGGUGUGCAUCGGCUGCUUGAGAAUUUCUGAGAUGUUAG